CACUUAGCAUUGACUUUUGGGAGGGGCCAAGGAAAAGCUGCACUUUUAUUGAAUAGGGCUGUGUGUGUGUGUGUGUGCGAGGCUGCUGGUGCGCCUCUCUCGCUGCGCUCCUGCCCGAGCAGCCAGUUAUUCAUUUCCUUCCUACUAGCUGGAAACUUUGCAGCCAGAGUGCCUGUGAUAACCAUUGGCUUACUCAAAGAAUCCCUUGGGAGCUGAAGAGGCAGAAUCUUCCAGGCUCAGGGGCAUCAUAUCUGCGUUCACCUCGUUUUUCUGGAGUCAUCAUUUUGAUUCAUCAAGCAGCUGGUUUGUUACUGAAAAGCUCAGAAUAUUUCCUCUGAUUGCCUUCCUAUUUGGAUCUUCCCAGAACUUGGAACACUUAAGCGCCCACCAUGGAUGACUUUGAACGCCGCAGAGAGCUCAGGAGGCAAAAGCGUGAGGAAAUGCGCCUGGAAGCAGAGAGGCUGUCCUACCAGAGGAACGAUGAUGAUGACGAAGAAGCCGCCAGGGAACGGCGCCGGCGGGCUCGGCAGGAGAGGCUGCGGCAGAAGGAGGAAGGAGAUCUCUCAGGAGAAGGAACAGAGAAAUCCGAGGUCAAUGCCCAGAACAGUGUGGCAGGAGAGGAAAGCAAGCGCUCCACAGAUGAUGAAGCUGCACUGUUGGAGAGGCUGGCAAGGCGGGAGGAGAGACGCCAGAAACGUCUGCAGGAAGCCCUGGAACGCCAAAAGGAACUUGACCCCACGAUCACAGAUGGGAGCUUGUCAGUGCCCAGCAGGAGAGAAGUAAACAAUGUGGAAGAAAAUGAGACCACGGGCAAAGAGGAAAAGGCUGAGACGCGCCGAGGACGCUAUGAGACUGAGGAGACAGAAACAGUUACCAAAUCCUACCAAAGGAACAACUGGAGGCAAGAUGGGGAAGAAGAGGGGAAAAAAGAAGAAAAAGACAAGGAGGAGGCCCAGGAGGAGAAACCAAAGGAGCUCCCCAUAGAGGAAAAUCAGGUAGAUGUGACAGCAGAAAAAUCCACUGAUAAAGAAGAGGCAGUAACUGUAAAUGCAGAGGAACACAAAGCAGAGAAUGAUGCAAAUGCUGUGCCAGAAGGGACACAAAGUGUAACUGAUGCUGUAGAUAAAGAGAAGCUUAGGGAUGAGGAAAAGGCUGAGGAAGAAAGGAAGGAAGCAGAAGAAAGGGAGAGGUUAAAAGCAGAGGAAGAAAAGAGGGCAGCUGAGGAGAGGGCUAAGGCAGAAGAGGAGAGGAGGGCAGCUGAGGAAAGAGAGAGGGCUAAAGCAGAAGAGGAGAGGAGGGCAGCUGAGGAAAAACAGAAAGCAGAGGAGGAAAAGAGGGCAGCUGAGGAGAGGGCGAAGGCAGAAGAGGAAAAGAGGGCAGCUGAGGAAAAGGCUAAGCUAGAAGCAGAGAAAUUAAAGGAAAAACAAAAGAUGGAAGAACAGAAAAUAGAAGAUAUACAGGUAAAAGAGAAGAAAGUAGAAGACGAAAAACCUCAAGCAGCUGUCAUAAAAAAACAGGAGGAAGAAAAGGAGGAAGCUAAAAAGGAAAAGCUGCCAGAAGAGAAGCUCCAAGCUACCUCCAUACAAGAUCAGGUAAAAGAUGACAAAGAAGAAAUGAAAGGUGCCUGGGAUCGUAAGAAGGGCGUUCCCGAACAAAAGGCGCAGAACGGAGAACGUGAGCCCCCUGCCUCCAAACUUAAACCCACUGAGAAUGCUUUUGGGCGCUCGGGUGUCAAGGCGGCCGCGGAGGAGGCGAAGCCGGCGGCCGAGGCGCUGAAGAGGUUGGAGGAUCAGCGGCGCCGCCGGGGCGAGAACGAGAGCGAGGAGCUGGAGAAGCUGAAGGAGAAGCAGCAGGAGGCGGCGGCGGAGCUGGACGAGCUGAAGAAAAGGCGGGAGGAGCGCCGGAAAAUCCUGGAGGAAGAGGAGCAGAAGAAGAAGCAGGAGGAGGCUGAGAGAAAAAUCAGAGAGGAGGAGGAAAAGAGGAGGAUGAAGGAAGAAAUCGAAAGAAGAAGGGCUGAAGCUGCUGAGAAACGCCAAAAGAUGCCAGAAGAUGGUGUGUCUGAAGACAAGAAGCCAUUUAAAUGUUUCAGUCCUAAAGGUUCAUCUCUCAAGAUAGAGGAGCGGACAGAAUUUUUGAACAAAUCUGCUCAAAAGAGUGGAAUGAAGCCCACCCAGACAACAGCAGUUGUCUCAAAGAUUGACAGUAAACUUGAGCAAUACACUAGUGCAAUUGGGGGCACGAAGGCUUCAAGACCUAAAGCUUCCGACCUUCACGUUCCAGCCGAGGGCGUCCGCAAUAUCAAGAGCAUGUGGGAGAAAGGGAAUGUUUUCUCAUCACCUUCUGGGACAGGAACACCAAAUAAGGAAACUGCUGGACUGAAGGUUGGUGUCUCCAGUCGUAUCAACGAGUGGUUGACCAAGACCCCCGAGGGCAACAAAUCCCCUGCUCCAAAACCUUCUGAUUUAAGACCAGGAGAUGUAUCUGGCAAACGUAAUCUCUGGGAGAAGCAGUCAGUGGAGAAGCCAGCUGCUGCUUCUAAGGUAUCAGCUACAGGAAAAAAAUCAGAGACUAAUGCAGGUUUGAGACAAUUUGAGAAAGAACCGUAGAAGGCCACUAAAGACGCUGGACCAAUCAGUUUGGGGGAAAAAAAAAUAAGGAAAAAGUGCUAAAUUGUUCUUUUUAUAUUUAUGUUUAUUUACCAAAAUGUCUUUUUUUUUUUGCAUUAUCCCAGUUAAAACCAUGUAUAUUAGCACUGUAUUUAAUAAUCAGUCUAGACAUUCAUCAGAAUAGUACUGCCUUUGCACAAGAGCCUUUAUUCCGAAAGAAACCCAUGCUGUGAAAUAUAUAGACUCUCCUACUGAAAGUCAUAAAUAUGUAUCUGAACAGUGAUUUCAGCUGGCAUUAGAGGUCAACCCAAAACACAUGUAAAGUGAAGUUGCUUGGGAAAGGUGUGCAGUAAACCUAUAAAACCAAUGGUUACUUUUGUAAUACAGAAGUCUUUUUCUUUCUGCACUUUAGACUAAGGCAUGGAAGAAAUAUCUUUAGUUGACAAUGUAAUAUUUUCUGUAAGUUGCCCAUGUCAUGAGAAAUACUGCAUCAAUAACGUGUUUUAAUUUUUUUUUUGUUUUAUACUUUUUUUUAGGUAUCAAUUUUUCCAUUCUAGUUUAAGUUAAUACCUAAAUUUGGAUGAUUAUGUUAGCUGACAGCGGUACUGAUAUUUCUUUUUGUUGUUAGUGACUAGUAAUUGAAUGCAAUCUAUAUAUAUACACACAUAGCUUUACAAAGGUUAGCCUAAAGGCACUACUAAUGGUAGAAUGCUUUAAUAUGUGCUAGAGUAUUAUAUUUAGCAAUAAACAUACAUAAUUAGCCAAUAUCACAGCUUAAAAAAAUAAAGACAAAAUCACACACUUUUCUAUAGUAAGAUUUCAUAAUUGUCAUUAAAGGUAUGGUGAGAUAAGUAUAAAAAAAAUUUAAAUGUCAGUUGCCCAGUAAUGGGUAAUUAAAAAGAAAGUAUAGUUUUUAAAAGAGGAAAAGGUAAGGGUAUAGAGGGUCAAAAAUAGGUCACUUGUAUAAAACAUUGUAGUUUAAUUUAUAUAAAACUACCAUAAUUAAAAAGAAAAAAAUGUAAACAGAGUUGGAGCUUGUUUCAAAUGACUGCACACUAAAUCUUGCCAUCCAUCAGUGCCCUACACCAGGUCCACCAAAAAUGAAGUAAACAUCUGUCUUUGCGAUGCUUCUUUUUACCUCUCUCCCCUGAAUAUCUUAUUUACAGACGUUUUCAUUUGUAUAUAGUAAACACAUGGCUUUGGGACGUCAGCUUGGUUUGGAUUUACGUGCCCUGCAGUUUGGCAUUUACAUCCUACAGUGUAUGGGUGGCAUAAACUGAGCAACUCAAGCAGCCCCGAGCACGUUGUUAACAGCUUUGUUGAGCACCAGAACGCCCAGGACCUCCCUUAUUACCACUUCCAUGUCUUACAGCAUCUGGCUUCUUCCUAAAGGUUCUAUUCCAGCCCAAAGCUGGGCUCCCCUGCUUGGCUGAGACAUCUUGUUUACAUGCAGAGAUGCUCAAAGUUGUCUGCAGGGGCUGAAGCUGUGCCUGACAUUGUCUGUGGGUUGUCGUGGUUUUUGUUUGGGGGUUUUGUAAGCGCUCCUCUGAGUCUUUCAAGUACAUCUGAUAGCUGCAAUAAAAACAGUUUGUUCAAACAAUGUAUUCUGGAACUGCAUCUGCAAUAAAUGGAAUAUUUCCAGCAGCA